AUGCUAAUAUUACUUCAAAAGGUCAAUGGUUACGAUAUUGUGACCGGCACAAGAUAUGCUGAUGGAGGUGGCGUUUAUGGAUGGGAUCUUAGACGAAAGAUAAUAAGUCGAGGUGCAAAUUAUCUUGCUUCUACAUUAUUGCGACCUGGUGUUUCAGAUCUUACAGGCAGCUUUAGGUUAUACAAAAAAGAAGUAUUGGAACAAAUAAUUUCUUCGGUUGUCUCGAAAGGUUACGUAUUCCAAAUGGAAAUGAUGGUAAGGGCUAGACAUUUGGGUUAUACAAUAGGAGAAAUUCCAAUUACGUUUGUUGAUAGAGUUUAUGGUGAAAGCAAAAUGGGCGCAAAUGAGAUUGUACAAUAUGCUAAAGGUGUUUGGCAAUUGGUAAGUAAUUCUAUAAAAAAGGAUAAUGAUGAUGAUGAAAUUGGUGAUGUGAAAUUUAUUGUUAUUGAAUUUUAUAUUUUAGAAUAA